AUGGCAGGCCGCACACGUCGCACAAUCUCCAUCUCGCGGACAACCCCCGCCGCCGUCGCCACUCAACACAUCACCAACAGCACCACUCCAAAAGACCCGCCCAACUUCUCCCCCGAAUUCACCUACGGCGCGUACCAAGAGACGGGCACGCGACCGGUGAAACGGAUCCGCUACCCGAAAUUCCAGUCGCUGGAGAGCGAGCGCGCGUUCCGCAAACUGCACCACGCCGCGGCGCUGCGGUGGCUGGGCUACCAGGGAUACAACAACGAGGGCGCGGGCGGGCACGUCACGGUGCGCGACCCCAUCCUCCCGGACCACUUCUGGAUCAACCCGCACGGCAAGUCGUUCUCGUACAUGACGCCCGACGACCUGGUCUUGAUGAACCCCAAGGGCGAGGUCGUCGAGGGCGGCAACAUGCACAGCGUCAACCCCGCGGGCUGGGUCAUCCACAGCGCCGUGCACGAGGCCAGGCCCGACGUCGUCGCCGCGGUCCACUGCCACAGUGUGCCAAGUAAGGCGUUUUCCGCGCUCGGGUGCCACUUGGAGCCGAUCAACCAGGACGCGUGUCGGUUCUACAAAGACCAUGGAAUCUAUUCUGGCUUUGGCGGAAUUGCCUUUAAAGCCGACGAGGGCCACCACAUCGCCGCGGCGCUGGGCAACACCAAGGGCGUCAUCCUCCAGAACCACGGCCACCUGACGGUGGCCAAGACGGUCGACGGCGCCGCCUUCCUCUUCGGCGCCAUGGACCGCUGCAUCCAGGCGCAGCUGCUCGCCGACGCGGCCUGCGCGGGCCGCGGCACAAAGACCAUCAAGGUCGCGCACGAAGAGGCAGAGUACUCGCGAAACGUGUACAACGACGAGAUGGUGUAUAUCAUGUUUCAGUCGGCGUGA